AAAAUGACCAUUCAAAUAGUGGACAAUCCCGUUGCAUCUUGGAAUAUGAAGGCCAAAAGAAUCAUAUAUAUAUCAAGUCUGAUAAAUGCUUGGGAGAGUUAAUGCAAGAUCUCAAAGAUGACCUUAUUCGUGACAAAACACAUGAUGGUGAAGUGGUAUUGACGUUUUUAGAUUCAGCUAUUGAUGAUUUCCGACUAGUUUUGUCACAGGAUAAUAAAUAUUCACAAGAAUUUACACUUGGUAAAAUUAUUAAUGUCCAUAAUAAAUAUCGAAAAUCUCGUGAUCUUGAUUCGGCAGAUCUUCACGUAGUAAUGACUUUACAAGAUAGAUUUAUUUCACAGUAUCGAAAAUAUGAUGAUGUCGUCGGGGAGAGGGCACAAAAUCCAAUUAUCGUCGGAGACUCAUCACCUGAGCCCUUCGAUGAUGCCGAUAAUAAUUUGUCAACAUCUCCCGGUGAAGACGUCAUAACAAAAAUAGACCAAGUAUCUGGAACAGGUAAUUCAUUUUUUAAAGCAUCAAAAGACGCGUCUUUGCCACUAUCUAAAGAUGUAAAUGACGAACAAAAUAACAGUAUUAGAGAAGAAAACGAUGACCUUCCACCUUAUUCUGGUGAUGAAGAUGACGGUAGUGUAUGGGAGAACGAUGAACAUGAUGAAGAAGAUGAAUUUUAUGACGAAGAUUCUCAAACUUAUUAUCAAAAGCAAGCGACAUAUAGUGAAACAGAUGAAUUAUAUGUUGCUGAACGAGAAUCUUAUGAAGAUGGCAUAGGUUUAGGUGAAGAUGAUGAGGUGAAACAUUUUGAUGAACAACUAGAGUCAAAUGAACUACCUAGUGAUAAAGAUGGCAUAGGUUUAGGUGAAGAUGAUGAGGUGAAACGUUUUGAUGAACAACUAGAGUCAAAUGAACUACCUAGUGAUAAAAAUGGCAUAGGUUUAGGUGAAGAUGAUGAUGUACAACUGGAGUCAAAUGAACAACUAGAGUCAAAUGAACAACUAGAGUCAAAUGAACUACUGGAAUCAAAUGAACUACUGGAAUCGAAUGAACUACUUAGUGAUAAACAUGAUGACUUGCGUGAAGAUAUUUUUAAUGAAGACUCAUUAAAUGAUAUUGAUUUCUCAAAUGUGUAUGAUUCAAAGGAGAAUGAUUUGUUCGCUCCGAUUGACGAAUGGGUGGCUGAAUAUACUGCAAGUGAGUUUGAUCCAACGAUAAAUGAUAAUGAGAUAAAUGACAAUGAGACAAUAGUCUCCCCAGGAAAGCGUGAGAGACCUUACUCGAACGAUAAUGAAGAAGAAGCCCACAAGAAGGCCCGUACAAAUUGA